CAGUGCCACUAAGUAUGGCAGCUCCAUUCGUUUAUCUGCGAAGAAAAAUACAAAAUAAAAACUAAAAUGAAUAAAAUAAGGCAGGAAUAAGUGCAAUAAUCACCAGACAAAGGGAGCUUAACACUGCAAUACACCAUGGGUUCAAAGGAGACGAUGAUAGUGUUUGUCUACGACACAGAGUGUUUGAUGGACGAGGCGGAUGAUCCCAUAUCGGCGGUUCUAUACUUCCACCCCAGUUGGGUUUCCGACUCCCAAAAAGUGGCUCUGUGCGGCCAACUUAUGGGCACAUCGUACUUUCUCAAGGAUUGUUUCUUUAAUCCGCGCAUCCUUUCCCUGCAGAAUGGCAAGUUUGUGCUCAAGGAGUUCGGACGUUUUAUUUUGGCAAUUGGCACUGAUCGAAAUAUUGGAGAUCAACUGUUGGAGCAUCGUGCUGAUAUGCUUAGUGCCCUGCUCAAGUUUUUCCACCGUGAUAUGCAGACUCUGUAUGCUCAGUAUGCUGUCCAGAACCGCCGGAAUCUCAGCGAGAAGCUCUACCACAUUUUCGAGACAUAUCUGCCGUUGCUGCAGCGAAAUGGAAGUACUUUCCAUAACGUGCCCAGAUUGCGCAUGCCGAAGACUGCUAGCCAUAUUUUCCUGGAGGCCAUACAGACGUUGCAGAGCUGUCAGCAAACUAAGGGGAUCCUCGGCGGAGCAAUUCUCUAUCACAACAAGGUGGUGGCCUCUCAACUGAGCGAUAUGGUGACCAAGCACUUGGUGCUCACCGAUCCUCUCCACAUUCGCACAGCCGCCGAGCAAGUGUCAACCAACUAUGAGUUCCACAUUCCCAACGGCGUCCAGAUGCUCGUGGUCUACCUGGAGCACAUGCAGUACCGCCAGUUGGUGGGCGAGGCACAGCGUGCCCAGAACCUGCAAAUGGGCACGGCACCGCUUUCCCAGAACGGAAUGCCCUUUCAGUAUGCCAAGCGCAAGAUGAAGCGGGACAAGUCGCUAAUCUUCACCCACAUUCCCGAGGAGGAGCAUGCGUCGGAGGAGCAGCAGCAGAAGCAGACUGGAGCGGCGGAAUUGCCACCAGCCAGACCCAAGUCCAUGCGACCCACUCAUCUGCCGCUGCGUAUAAAGAACUUGCAGAGCAAGGAGCUCCCGGAGUCUGGCAUUGCAUCCAUUAACUUCGACGAAACGGAUUCCUAUCCCCAGUUCAUUGGACGCACCAGCGUUUGCAACACCCCCAUGACCGAGAACAAGGUUCUGCCGGUGGCCAAUGUUAUGUCCAUUUGCGCCAACCCCGAAGACGAGGGCAAAGAGGAGGAUGUCCACAAUUCCAAUGGCAAGGCGCAGUCGCGACGAAAUUCCCUGAAAAUGGAUGUUGAGAAAUUCUUCCAAAACUUCAUCAGCAAUCCGAACAAGCAGCUCACGCGGCGCAAGUCAUCGGCGGAUCUGCAGGAUGCUCUGCGAGCCAUUUCCAAAAAGCUCAACAACUUCACACACAACUUUAAGACCGAUGUCAACAGGAAUGGAAGCGGUGAUGGAGAUGCCUCCUCCGGCUCUCCUGAUUUUAUCGAGAACGACGAGAAGAUCACGUCCCGCACCAUCAGCGAUCCCACCUAUCCGGUGUUUAAUACAAAUGGUCAGCAGAUCUCGCGCAGCCUGUUCCAGCAGUUCCUCGAUCAGUACCGCAAGCUGUGGGGCGUGGCCAGCGAGCAGGCUCACGAGGAUGCGGAGCUCGCCGCUCUGGUAGCCGAGUUUCAGGAGUUCAACGCCGAGAUCCAGAAGCUGGACGAGCACAUGCGGCAGCAGGCUGCGGAGGCAUCCUCGGCCGACCGGAAUCUCAACAUUUCUGCUGCCAAAACGCCGCUGGAUAAACGAUCGAUGACGCUUCCCCUGAAAUCUGCAGGGGAAUCUACUUUCGGGGAGCGAGCAUCCGGACGCAGUGGAGCAGGAGGAGUGCCACUUACACCGCUGAUGGCCAAACUAUCGGUGCUGGCCUUGAGCGAAGCUACCCCCAUCGAGAUACAAACUCCGCUGACCAGCAGUAAGGUUUUCCCACGCCGCAGUUCCCUGAAGUGCGAGGAUGCAGUGGAUGCCUUGUCCGUUUUGUCCUCUGCUCCUGUUCAGCCUCCAGGUCCCAUUCAACCGGAUGGCUUGCAGCGAACGGAGCUCUACAUUUGUGGACAGCAGAAUAUGACAUUGUUGCUGCUCAUGGAGGUAGGAACUUGCCAACAGCAACAGGUGGUGCAGAAGAUGUUUGACAUAUGUGUGGCCAAGUUUCCGCACAUGGAAUCUCAACUGAAUCAGACACUCAAUGUAAAUGUGGAUGGCGAUAACCGCGAUGGCAGCAAUUAUAGCUUCAUGUGCGUCGACUCCAAGUGGGAUGUCUUGCAGCGAAACGGACCAUGGAAUCCCUUAGAGCUGAACAUCCUUGAAAGCAUGCACUCGAUACAUUCCAGUGGUCAUCAUCUUACCGAUUUGUUUUUGAGAUCUCACGACUCGGUGUAUUAUGGCCACAAGAACGGUAGGACCGAGUUCUUCUACAAGGAGCCCACCCACCAAAUUACUGGCAUUCCACCGCCCUCGGAUCCCAUUGGCAAUAUACAGAUGCGCGCCAAGUCGCGACUGGAACGUGAUCAUUCCUACAUGCUGUUCUAGGCUGUAAAGUGGAUCGUAUAUUUAUAGACAUAUUGAAUACUCGCAUGCUUAGCCAAAAACGGAAAAUGUUAACGGGGGACCAGAUAGUCUGGGUCCCCGGGAAAUAGCCAACUUUAUGCCAUCCGCUGUUGUUUACUUUGCGAUCUCUGGCUGGUUUCUACACGAGUCCUCAGUAGUGGUUAGGAUAAUGUUUCCAUAUCAUAUACAACAGAAACAAGGGAACUCAAUUUUAAACUAUCUAAAUUUUACUUUGACUUUUUAUACAAAAAUUUACAAGAAGCAUUAGCUGAUCGUCCUAACCACAUUUCCAUGGGCUCGCGUAGGAAACAAAAAGAACUUUAGACGUACCGCUCUCAGCCAGCGAAUUAUUUUGCCUUGUUUUAUCAUUCACUUGAUUGAUGUAAAGUACAAAAAUGUUUUAAGCUUUGUUUACAAUGUCCAGCACUGUUGUUUAAUUUAUAAGCUUGUAACCUAUACACUUAUUUUAAUUCAUUUGCAUUUGCUUUGACAGAAGAGAUGCUAAGUUUUGCACUGAUUUCGAAGGCCAAAGAAAUGAAAUCGACGGAUUUUAAUUGUAAAUAUAAAACAAAAUUAGAUUCAUUUAGAUGGAAUUACUUGUAACUUAACUUAAACUUCACACAGAUACCGUUCUGUUCCAAUGCAAACAUUUACUUAUCCUAGCUGAUUCCCAUUAUAAAAUAUUAAGCGCUUUGUGCCAAGUUAAAUGCAGGUCGAAUGCUAAUAACCGUCGAAUGUGAAGGAACGUGGGAACGCAAGUUUAUAACCGAAUAAAACAGUCUAAGCAGUGCAAUGGUGGGAAAACCAACAACUAUUUUGAGAGUUUUGCGUUGACUUAGCUUAAAUAUACAUGCAUACAUAAAUACCUAAAUAAUAUUAUUUAUAUAUAAAUAUUCAUAUAUGAUACAAAGACCGGUAUUGUUUUUGUAGAUUUUCAAAAAUAAACCAGCAAACCGUUGUCUGUGUUUGAGAAAUA